AUGAGCGCCUGUGAGAAGCAGUGGCAGCAGACGCUCUCCAUCUGGAAAGCACUGGGCCAGGUGAAAGUUGAACCCAAUGUCUUUAGCUACAGCGCGGCAAUUAGCUCGUAUGAGAAGUGCGAGCGUUGGUGGCAGUCUUGGGAGCUCUUCAACCAAAUGUCCGAAGCAGGAAUGCAGCCCAAUGUGGCGUGCUUCAAUGGGGCUUUGAGCUCGUGCGGGAAGGGCGGCGAGUGGCCACAAAUCCUCACUCACAUGGAGGCCAUGAUGGGCAGAUCUGUACUACCGAACCUUUGCAGCUUCACUUUGGCCAUCAACUUGGCCAAGUGGCAGGUGUCCUUGUGGCUUCUCCUGGCCAUGCCCAAAGAGGAUCUUCAUCCAAAUGCGAUCACCUUUGGUGCCAUGCUCAGCUCAUAUGCGAAGUCAGGGAACUGGCAACGCGCCUGGAGCACCCUAUGCAGCCUCAAAGACACCAGGGCGAGGCCGAACCUCGUUUGCUGCAAUGCUUUGAUUGCCUCAUGUGAGGUGGCCGGGGAGUGGCAAAGAGCUAUGGAAGCAUUGGAACUGACCUCCCAGUUCAACCUUCAACCUGAUGCGAUCACCUUCAGCACUGCCAUUAGCUCCUGCCAAGUUGGGAGCCAAUGGGAGGUAGCCCUUCAUAUUCUGCAUGGCAUGCCUUCUACCGUUCGGCCCAACGUUUUUAGCUUCAGCGCAGCCAUCAGUUCCUGCAAGGAGCAGUGGCAGCAGGCUUUGAACCUGGUGGAGUUGAUGCUGGAGUGCGAGGUUGAGCCAAACCAUGUCAGUUUGAAUGCGGUGCUCAGCUCACUGGAGAAGGGCCACCGGUGGCAAGAGGCGUGGAGCUUUCUCAACUGCAUGCCAGUGCAGCCUGACGUCAUCAGUUUUACUUAUGCUAUCAAGGCCUGCCAAGAUUCUCAAGCAUGGCAGGUCGGCUACAUCUUGCGCCUUGAGGGGGCCAAAGCGCUCCUGGACGCCCAGGUCGAGGCGAUCAGCGAAGCUGGGCGACCGGCUACAUCCGAAGUUUUGCUUCUGAAGGUCACUUUGACAGUUCAUGUCACUUCUUUGGAGAAACACCGGCCCAUUCUCCGCAUGCACCCACGCCAGCGUGCUUUCUUGCCGCUGGACGACUUCUUCUCGGUGGCGGCUGGCCGCGGGAUGGACUGCUUCUACAACGACAAGGUCCUCGAGUGGAAGCCCCAUGUCCCGGUGCUUCUCCGGCCCUUCGCUUUGACCCCGCCCUUGGUCAUGCCGUGCGCCGAGAUCGCUCGCUUUCGAGCGGCGCGGUUCACCUCCAUGAGACGAUCCAGAUGA